UUCUCUUUUACUUUAUGCUCUUCUAACUGGAAGUCUCUCUCUUCCUUUACCAACCAAAGCCUAGUCAUUACUCACUAUAACUCUCUUCUCCAUGGCACUGGUACUACGGCUAUUGUCUCUGCUUUUCCUGUUGUCAUCCACGGUCCUGGUUGCGCAAGCAGCAACCUGGUGCGUCGCCCGGAGCGAUGCAAGCAACGAAGCUCUGCAGACUGCACUUGACUACGCCUGUGGCUCCGGCGCCGACUGCACCCCAAUAGGGCCCAAUGGACUCUGUUAUCUGCCCAACACCAUCCAGGGUCAUGCCUCCUACGCCUACAACAGCUACUACCAGCGCAAGGGCAUGGCCCCUGGUUCCUGUGACUUCGCCGGCACCGCUAACAUAGCCAAAACUGAUCCCAGUUAUGGAUCCUGUGUGUAUCCAUCUUCGUUGAGCUUGAAUCCUUCCUUCUUCCCACUGGUCCUCUACGAAGAUCUUAACCAAUUAACUGUCCCAUAAAAAAACAAAAAAAGCUAAGUCAUUAUUCAUUUCUUUUAUGUUUAUGUUUUCCUCUUUAACUUUUAUCCCUUUUAUAAAUUUAUAUAGAGUUGCGUUUUUGUUCCUAUUGUGUUACGAGCCACACAGGUUGAAUUUCGUGUAAAUCUUUAGGGGAGAGCAUGUUUGCGUAUUUGGACGCAUUACACGCGUAGUAAUGAAUGGGUCAUCUUGGA